GGAAAAGGACAAUGGUUUCCAUGUUAGCGACAAACGCACUCCAGGCAGCUCUCUAACCUGAUAGUUGUAAGACGGCUGAGGAGCGAGGAAGUAGUCAGAGAGAGUUGCUGCCCCUUAUAGAACAGGAGCCAUGCCGCGCCGGGGCCUAGUGGCCGGGCCAGACUUUGACUAUUUUAAUCGUCGGUACUUCACGCCGUCGGAAGUAGCGGAACACAACCAGCCCGAAGACCUGUGGGUGUCUUACCUGGGAUAUGUGUACAAUCUAACGCCGCUUGCACAGGAAUUUAAAGGGAACCUACUGCUGAAACCCAUCCUGGAAGUUGCAGGCCAGGACAUUAGCCACUGGUUUGAUCCGAAGACCAGAGACAUUCGCAAGCACAUAGAUCCGCUGACUGGUUGCUUGAGAUACCGCACCCCGCGGGGCCGUUUCGUGCACGUCCCACCUCCUCUGCCUCGUUCAGACUGGGCUAAUGAUUUCGGGAAGCCCUGGUGGAAGGGGUCGAAUUACCAGGUGGGGCGGCUGUCUGCCAAGACCCGGAACAUCCGUAUCAUCAACACUCUUACGUCGCAGGAGCACACACUGCAGGUGGGGGCUCUGGAAUCAAUGUGGGAAAUCCUACACCGCUAUCUCCCCUAUAAUGCACAUGCUGCCAGCUACACAUGGAAAUAUGAUGGGAAGAAUCUGAACAUGGACCAUACCCUGGAAGAGAAUGGGAUCCGGGAUGAAGAAGACGAGUUUGACUAUCUUAAUAUGGAUGGCACACUUCACACACCUGCAAUACUGCUCUACUUCAACGAUGACCUCACAGAGCUAUAGGAAAGGAGAUGUGUGUGCAUGGAACUCAAGACAUGUUUGAGUUUCCCUCUUUCUGUGCCUUGAGAAAAAGAGGUUUGGGUCUGUGAGGCCUGGGCCUAGACCUCUGUUGCCCUCUGGGAACUGGCCUGUGGUUCUUUCUGAAAAGUAAGAGCCCUUAUCCCUAGCUCCUCUAUGAUUUGCUCAGAGAAUAUUGGUGGGAGGAAUACUAGAGGAGGAUUAAUCCUUAGAAAUGAUAGGAAGAGAGCCACGGUCUCUCAGUUUGGAAUGUGCAGAGGAGGUGGAGCUCAGGCAGAACUCUGAUAGUAAGAGAAAACACACGGGCAUGAAAGGAUGGAAGUUUUUUUUUUUUUUUUUUUGGCAAAGAUGAGAACGAGAUGUUUGUUGGAAGAUGGGAUUUACGAAGGCAGGAUCCAGAAAUUCCUAUCACCAACUGUGGUUGGUGUGGUUGAUUCCCUUCCUAAAGGUGGUUAGCAGUGGACAGCACAGGAAAAGUGCAUGGCUGUCAGUUCAUUCAGGAUAGAAAUUAUGCUGAGAGUUUUAUGCUUUUUAAUACAGCUAUCCUAGAAGGUGAAUACUGGUAAUGCUAUGUUCUUAGUUUAGAAGGUUCAGGAGCACAAAACCACAUUAGUAACUGAAGAGCCACAGUGCGAAUCCAGGCUCUUUUCCGUGUAAAGGGAUAUUCUCAGUAGCCUCACUCAAUGCUAACAUUUCUAAUGGCUGCUCUCAACCCAUGUGUUUGAAAUGUCAGCUUGUCCUGUGAUUGUUGCACAAUGGGGAAAUGUAGCCUAUUGUGUAGUCAGCAUUAACUCUGUUUGAAGGGAGUUGACUAGCAGAGCACUCUAGGGAUAGAGGCAGGGAGGCCGAAUUUCAGCCAAGCAUUAGCUACUGAGGCUGCUUCUUUGUUAAUAUUAUAGCACUUUCUGACUGUCCGGGGCAACAAGAUAGAUCUUUACUGACUCCAGGAGAAACCAGAAUGGAGGAAUGGCCCAUAAAUCAGAACAUUGUAGUGAGGGGUCCAAAAGGGAGCAUGUUUCCCCUUUCACAUUAACAGAAGGCAAGGAAGAGAAGGUUGACUUUGUAAGAAGAUGAGGGGGCUUGAUGGGAUCAGAGAGAUGAGAGCUAAGGGAGGCAGACAACUCUCCUGGUGACUGGCUAGAUUUGGUUCCCUUUAUCCCUAGCAGGUGAGGGGAAUUAGGAAUAACGGAUAAAUUGAACCAGGCACAGUGGCUUUAAUCCUAGCACCGGGGAGGCAGAGAUAGGCAGAUCUCUAUGAGUUCAAGGCCAGCCUGGUCUACAGAGUUAGUUCUAGGACAGCCAGAGCUGUUACACAGUAAA